AUGACGGUGGGCCUCGCUCGAGCACGGUCGUCGCUACACUUCGUCCGCAUCGCCCAGUACCGACGAUGUUACUCGACACGCCCGCCGUCCCUCACCCUCCUCGGCAAGGAGUACCCCACAGACAGCACGACGAACAUCACCUCCGCCAUCGCAGACAAGGUCGGCCGCAACCUCUACACGGACCCCGCCCACCCGCUCGGCAUCCUGCACGCCCUCGUCUCCUCCCACUUCCACGACUUCCGCUCGCACGUCGGCCUGCCCCCCGUCGUCACCCCCGCGCAGAACUUCGAUGACCUCGGCUUCCCCCCAGACCACCCCGGCCGCGCCCCGACGGACAGCUACUACCUGAACCGGGACGCGAUGCUCCGCACGCACACGUCCGCGCACGAGGUCGAGACGUUCGCGCGCGGCGAGCGCCGCUGGCUGCUCGCCGCGGACGUGUACCGCCGCGACGAGAUCGACGCGUCGCACUACCCCGUCUUCCACCAGAUGGAGGGCGCCCGCGUGUUCGGCGCCGACGAGGCGGGGCGCGCGGAGGUCGAAGCGGACAACGCGCGGCUCGAGCACCAUCUUGCGCGGUCGAACAUCGUCAUCGAGGACGUGCCGCACAUCUCGGCGACCAACCCGAGGCAGGAGGCGCACGACCCGGUCAUGGCGGAGCUCGUCGCGAAGAACUUGAAGCUGUCGCUGAACAGUCUGAUGUUGACGCUGUUCGGGGACAGAGGGGGUGUGAACGAGGACGAGCCGUUGCGCGUGAGGUGGAUUGAGGCGUUCUUCCCGUUCACGACGCCGAGCUAUGAGGUCGAGGUGUUCUUCCGCGGGAAGUGGCUGGAGAUUCUGGGGUGCGGAGUUGUGCAGCAACGUACGCUAGACCGUGCCAGGGUUCCUGAUAGCAUUAGCUGGGCUUUCGGUCUUGGGUUGGAGCGCAUUGCUAUGAUCCUGUUCUCAAUACCGGACAUUCGCCUCUUCUGGUCACAAGAUCCGCGCUUCGUUUCUCAAUUCACGGCCGGCCAGAUCAGCACCUUCAAGCCAUACUCGAAAUAUCCUGCGUGCUACAAGGAUGUCAGCUUCUGGCUGCCGGGGAGUGGUCUGCACGACAACGACUUCUGUGAUUUGGUCCGGGAUACUGUCGGCGACUUGGUACAAGACGUCGUGCUGAUCGAUGACUUCACACACCCAAAAACAAACCGGCGCAGUAAAUGCUAUCGCAUAAACUACUGUUCCAUGGACAGAUCACUGUCCAAUGAGGAAGCGAAUGAAGUCCACACGCAGGUCAUCGCAAACCUCAAGGACAAGUUCGGAGUAGAGAUACGUUAA